UGUCCACUGCUGCUCCGUUUGAGUGGCAAGUUGUUUGUUACACUGAAACACCAGCAGCUCUUUCUGCGCUCUGGAGCUCUCAACUCUCCUAGCUUCUGCUCUGUCCCCCUCCCCUCUUUCUCUCUGUCUUUUUUUUUAAAAUUGCUUUGCGUCUUUUCCCCUCUUUCUUCCCCCCCCACCCCCCACCUCCACUUCUCCUACAGUUUGCAACGUCUCCCUUCCCCUGGCGAUGGUUUUUCUUUCUAUAUAAAUACCCAUCUUUCCCACCCCCUUUCUAAGUCAUUCUUUCUCCCCACUCUGCCUGCUCGCACUGGAGACGUUCAAGGAACAGAGUGGAAAAAUACCCCGUUGACAAAAGGAGGGAGGGGAGGGGGGGCAAGAAGAGAACAAACAAACACUCACAACAGAUCAAAGAAUCCACCAACAACAACAUAAAACAAACCAACCAUAGAUGAACCACAAAUGACCAAAAGGAAAAAAUGGAACUGCACAUUUUAGAGCACCGGCUGAAAGUGGCCAGUGUGGCUAAGGAGAGGAUACAGUUGUUUACCUAUGGCUUGAUCAAACUGGCUUUUCUCUCCUCCAAAACAAGGUGCAAGUUUUUCAGUCUGACGGAGACUCCUGAGGACUACACAAUCAUUGUGGAUGAAGAAGGCUUCCUGGAGCUCCCUUCAUCUGAACACUUGAGUGUGGCAGACGCUACAUGGCUGGCCCUCAACGUGGUUUCCGGAGGCGGCAGCUUCUCCAGCUCCCAGCCCAUCGGAGUGACCAAGAUUGCCAAGUCGGUCAUAGCUCCACUCGCUGAUCAGAACAUCUCAGUAUUCAUGCUCUCCACCUACCAGACGGACUUCAUCCUGGUGCGUGAGCGGGACUUGCCCUUUGUGAUGCACACGCUGGCCGCGGAGUUUACCAUCCUCAGGGUCGUGAACGGGGAGACGGUGGCAGCCGACAGCCUUGGGAUAACGAAUGGAUUUAUGAAGCCAAAACUGGUUCAGAGGCCCGUGAUUCAUCCCCUUUCCAGUCCAAGUAACAUGUUCUGUGUCACCAGCUUGGAUCCUGACACCCUUCCCUCUGUUGCUACACUCCUUAUGGAUGUCAUGUUUUACUCCAAUGGAGUAAAAGAUUCCGUGGCGGGCAAUGAAGAUUCUGGACACAUUCGCUUUUUCUCAUUUUCUCUUAUCGAGGGUUACAUUUCUUUAGUGAUGGAUAUACAGACGCAGAAAAGGUUUCCUAACAACUUGCUGUUUACGAGCGCAUCUGGCGAACUCUGGAAGAUGGUGCGGAUCGGAGGACAGCCCCUCGGCUUUGAUGAAUGCGGAAUCGUCGCUCAGAUUUCUGAGCCCCUGGCUGCUGCCGACAUCCCUGCCUAUUACAUCAGUACUUUCAAGUUUGAUCAUGCACUGGUACCAGAAGAAAAUAUAAAUGGUGUUAUCAACGCACUCCAAGUUAGUCAAGAUGCAAAACAUUAGAGCCCUUUCCAAAUGGGACCCAGCUGCAUUUUACAUCAAGAAUAACAAUAAUUCUUCUCAGUAUUUUCGGGGCAGGGGGGAGGGGGAUAGGUUUGUUUUUGUUUUUUUAAACUCCAGAAACGUGUGGGGGACACAGAAAACCACCACCGAGAAGACUGCAAACAAUUCCUCACUGAUAGCUUUUUAAAAGAAAUAAUUUUUUAAAAAAAAAUAAUUCUUCGGGAGGGAGGGAAGGAGGGGAGGGGAGAAUUGUUGGGAUAAAGGAACUGUGAAGGUUUUUCGGAAGUUCAACUCCAAAGCAAAAACUGUGCUUUCUGUGUGCGUGUGUGCGAGUGUGGUAUGACAGAAAUACAUACUGAGGUUCGAAACUAUCUCGACUAGUAGAGUGCAAUGGUGGGAGAAAAUAAACCUGUGAAGGAAAAGAGCCAUUUCCAUUAUGGGGAAGUGUGGACUGCAUAAACCUGACAGAAAUGGGGCCAGGUCCCUGCCUCUACCAGUGGACUCAAUCAUUCAAAAAGUGUUCACCAUAAAGUGUUACUUGGUUGAAUUCCUCAAGGGGGCUUAUGCCAUAUUGCUUCCCCUACCAGAAUCGAGCAACGUAGAAUGUCAAUGGAUGGGCAAAGACAAGUGAUCCAUUUUUAACAAGGCGCCGUCACUGCCGAGGCAGUUAUCCUGCCUGGUGAAAUUAUGACAUAAUUAAGGAAAAUGUGCCUAUUUAGAACUUAACAAUAAACUCCUGUCGUAUCUCAGUUUCACCAGGGUGGGAGAGAGCCACAGCCUUGAUGACAAAAAUGGGACCUACUGAUGACACGUUCCCUGUGAAAACCCGGUUUGUCCGUGAGGAAAAUCUCUUGUGCACAUCACUGCGGAACAGACUGGAAAUGGCGGAGUGGCAAAACUGUUGUGUAGCUCCUGUCUGUGCCUCUAGAGUGUGUGGGAGAGAACUUCCAUGGCAGGUUGUACUCCAGUAUGGCUCACCCCUACUAUGGUUCUCUCGCGGCCUGGUUGUACUACUGUGAGGGAUCAGCCCUCUUACAGUCCAUUCAAGACUGUGAGGGAACCGGAGGGUAGGGCGGUCAUAAGGGCAUCUUGGAAUUGAAAGUGGGGAUUUUUACUUCAGAACCAUUGUACUCUUGGCUCUUCUCUGUUUCUGCGAUCCUAUGCCUCUACAAGAGCCCCUCUACAGUCACCCAAUACAUCUUUGCUGCGAAGUUUAUCCAGCCUAAGCCA